UUCACGAUGUUAUAGACAGCAAUUUGAGAGAACUCACCAAUAAUGUGGCUGACGUUGUCUCUGUUCCUCGCUGCCUUGGGUGGUUUACCAGCUCAAGUGAUCCAAAGUCCGGACUCAUCUGAUAGGUCUAUCGUCGAAGGGUUGAAAUGUAACUUUGAUUUUGGCGUGUGUGGCCUUGACCAAACAUAUAGCGGAGACUCCUGGUUUAGGUUCCGCCUGGUGGAGUCUGGCGUGGAGGGAGAGCCGACUGGAGAUCAUCCCACAGGGUUCGGCAGAUUCCUGACCUUCACCUUACCAAAAGAACACAUCGAAAAUCAUUACAAGUUCUCUGAUCUUACCUUGGCCACGUUGACGAAAGGUCACACCUACUGCUUCUCAUUCUGGUACUACCUGAGCGGCAAGAAUCCAGGGCACCUAAUAGCACUGGAGGAGCCCCUUGAAGAGCUAGCUGUUUACGAGGGGCAAAGCCACGAGUGGAAAGAAGGGAAGCUUAAUCUGGAGGGCCAUGACAAGGCGCUUCGCAUGCGAUUCAUUUUCAAAAGUGGUGCGUUUGGGGACAUUGGCCUAGACGAUAUUGAGUUAACAGUUGGGAAAUGUCUAUAAACCAUUUGACACCGGACGGCUGAUAUCACUGGACUAGCAAGACAGGACCACAACAUCUUUUCUGUAUACAUGUACUAAAUAGUGAUGCCACUCCUUUCUGUAUUCAAGCAACUAAUAAAAUAUAUUAGGAAGAUAAGGAUCCAAUGUGAUUCUGACAACCAAAAGUGAUUAUGA